AUAGCCUAGAAAGACACAUCAUGCAUGUUCCAUUAUACUUAUCACCCAGCAAAUCUAAUUCCAUGGCUAAACUCCUCUCCUUCUUCAGUACUAUCUUCAUUCUCCUUUCUCUCGUAAUUUCUUCGGCCACCGGAGAAGUUGAUGAAUACGCGUUCGGAAAAUCUAUAAAUAGAAAAUCCAAGGGUAUAAAAAGAGAAAAACUUAGCCAUUUCAAAUUCUAUUUUCAUGACAUCGGUAGUGGCACAAAACCAACAUCAGUUGUGAUCGUACCACCACCAAAAAACACCACAAUCACAGGUUUUGGCAGAAUGAACAUGAUUGACAAUGCCCUAACCCUAGGACCAAAAUUGAGUUCCAAGAUUAUUGGAAGGGCACAAGGUUUUUAUGGUUCAUCUUCACUAAGUGAACUAAGUUUAUUAAUGGUCAUGAAUUUUGAAUUUAUUGAAGGGAAAUAUAACGGUAGCUCGUUGGCGGUGCUUGGCCGGAAUCCUGCAUUCGAGACGGUCCGGGAGAUGCCGGUGAUCGGUGGCAGUGGGCUUUUCCGAUUUGCUAGAGGUUAUGUUCAAGCAAGGACUCACUCAUUGGAUCUGAAAACUAAGGAUGCCACUGUUCAGUAUGAUGCUUAUGUGUUACACUAUUAAAUUGUUUUUAUCUUAUGUUAAGUUUAUUUAAUUAAUUUUGGUCAUUUUCUUACACUGGCUGCCAGCAACAUUAAAUGAUUAUGUCUUGACAGCAUAAUCUUUGCCAACUUUUCUGUUUUAAACUUUUCAUAGAGCAAAAAUCAUGUUUAGUUGACGUCUUUUUAUGUAUUUAAGUCUUUGGUACACAAAAUUGUAUAUUUCACUCAUCGAGUGCGAGAUUUUGAUAGGGAGCGCUUCUUCCUUAAAUUUGCCUUAUGUACAUGACACAAUUCUGAUUAGUCGGGACAAUAAAACGAGUACCGAACACUACGUGCGAAACAAAAAAAAUAGUGAGAAAAUAAAAAUGAAAAGAUUUAAGUUAUUUACCAUCGACAAAAUAAAGAAAUUUUAUGAUAUUACUAUAAUAUAAUUUAACGGGUUGUAACAUAUUACCGAACACUACGUGCGAAACAAAAAAAAUAG